AUGAAGGCAAUUUCUUUUCUUAUCACCAUAGCUACACUUUCAUUCUUCCUGUCUGAUGCCACAGCGACUGGUGGGUGGCGGCCAAUAGAAAAUGUGAACGAUGAGCAUGUCCUGGAGAUUGCUGAGUUUGCAGUGAAAACUUAUAGUUGGCAAAUCGGUCAUUCGCUGGAACUCAUAACGGUGAGGAGAGGCGUAGUGCAAGUAGUGGCCGGCGGCAAGAGCUACGAGCUCGUAUUGACGGCAUCGCCACCUCAUUUGGACCUGGAACCAGUGCAAUACAAAGCAGUUGUUUACGAGAACGUUUUCCAUGUAAAGAAACUAGUAUAUUUCAGGCCUUCUUAUUUUACAUCAUCAGAAGCGACCAUAAAAAAUUAG